ACGGAAUUAUAUUGAUGUACUUUAUACUGUGAAGCAAACCGUGAAAGCCUAUAUAAAAUCUGUGCUAGUUAUGUCGUGGUAGUAUAGGCCUUAAAAAGUCAUUUUCAGUAGUUUUACUGUUGUUGAUAGCUUAUUCAAAUGUAACACCGCACGGGCUAUACUUGGCAUGGUAGAACACAUUAUUUGGGGUACAAUUUGGUAUAAGCUUACUAAAUAAGCACGAUUAAAUUUUUUGCAGUGGCUAACAAAAUUUCACGAGCCCGUAGUGCGAGUACAAUUUGUGGUCUUUGAAAAACUUACAAGUGCUUAUUUAUUCAAAAUUGCACAAGAGUAAUCACGUGGUUACUUGUUAAUAAUGCACUUAAAAAUAUACUAGAAGUCUUUCUAGACAUUGUUUCCUUAGACAGGCUGCACUCUGCUUGGUAUUCCAAAUAUCUUCAAAAAUUUCCAAAAAUGUUUACAAAAAUUUCGUCAAAGUUUGAAAGUCUUCAGCAAGUUUCAGGUGAACUUCAGAAAUCCUUGGAAAGGUUCAGGUCCAGGGUGUUCAAAUCUUCAAAAAUGAUUGGCCAGGUGAUAUUCAUUGCUCUUCAAAAGGGUUCAGGUAAUCUUUGGAAGUACUCAGAUAAUGUCAAAUUACCUUUGGUUAUCUUCAGAAGGCUUUGGUUGAACUUUAACCACCCUCAAAAUACCUUGGAUAACUGUUGGCUGUCAUAUCAGAUGUCUUCAUAUUAACCUCAGAUAUAUUUGUAGUAAUUUGCACUGUUGUUACAAAUUUGCACAGGCCUAUGUUUCAAAUUUGCACUUGUGUUACUAGAAAACUGGACUACUUUUUAUCCAGUGAGAAUCAAGUAAUUAUAAUUUCAGGUGUAUUAUUAAUCAUGAAACACAGCUAGAUCUGUUACAAAAGUAGUGAUUCAGGGCUAUGCACAGCAUCACUUUUAUACAUUUCUCAUGUGAAAAAAACCACAUCUUUGUUUUUCUCAGAAACUCAAUGAUAGACAACAUGAGAGAAAUUGAGAAGUGUAAAGCACAUGUUCAAGAUGUGGAGGUUCCCUUAGAAGUAUUUGAGUACAUAGAUCAGGGAAGAAACCCUCAGUUAUAUACAAAAGACUGCAUUGAGAAGGCACUUGAAAAAAAUCAGCAAGUAAAUGGAAAAAUAGAUGCUUACAAGAAUUUCAAGUCACUCUUGGUGGAAGAACUGUCAAAACAUUUUCCCAAGGAAAUCGACGAAUAUCAGAAGAUCAAAGAAAGGCAGUUAAAGACGUAAUAGAAAAUAAGAUUUUAUUUUUGUCAGAAAGUAGUUGUAAUUUGUAAAUAUGUAAAUAAAAGGCCUAUGAAUCAGA